CACCCCUCCGACGCUAUAUGCAAGCCUCGACGCGAUUGGCCGAGCCGAGCCGCCACUUCUGUGCGGGAGGCACGGAUUGGACAACCCAGGGCGGCCCGCCUUACCCGUUGUGAGAGUGUAUGGGGAAGGAGGGAGGGAAAAGAGAGAAGGGGGAAGGGUGUCUUUUUUCUCUCCUCUCUCUCUCUCUCUGGCAGUGUCAAUGGCUCCUCCUGCCACGGAGCGGCGACGGGCUUAAGCCGAAGCCGGGCCGGGGGGAGCUGUGGGCGACUCCCUUGAGAGAGAGAGAGAGAGAGAGGAGAGAGGCGCGAUAUUGGGGGGGCUGGGGAGGGGGUGGGAGGGAAAAGCGCGCGCUCGUCAGGGGAAAGGGGGUAAAGAAGGGGGGUCACCAGUGGCACGAGCAUCCCCCCCUCGUUAACUGCCGCCGGCGGAGGAGCGACCUGAGCGGCUACUGAGAAGGAGGAGGAGGCGCCUUCCUUUCCCCCCACGCGAGCUCAUCCGGGCCGGUCCCCUCAGCCGGGGGCUCUCUUCCUCUCUACUCCUUCCCCUCUUCUCCCCUCCCCUCCCCCCCUCACCUAUCCACUCACCCACCCCCAAGUACCGGUGCCGGAGGAGCGACCCCCUCUCCUCCCCCCGCCCGAGCCGGCAAAUGAACUCGGUCCGAGCCGCCAACAGGAGACCCAGGCGAGUGUCCAGGCCGCGCCCGGUGCAGCAGCCGCCUCCACCGCCGCCGCCUCCGCCUCCUCCCGCUCAGCCGCCUCAGCAGCAGCAGCAGCAGCAACCACUGCAACUGCCGCCGCCGCCGCCACCGCCGGAGAGGAACAACAACAACGCCGCAGCUGCCGCAGCUGCCGCCGUCGCCGCUGGGGAACGGGAUGAUGAUGUACCUGCAGAUAUGGUUGCAGAAGAAUCUGGUCCUGGUGCACAAAAUAGUCCAUACCAACUUCGCAGAAAAACUCUUUUACCUAAAAGAACAGCUUGCCCUACAAAGAGCAGUAUGGAGGGUGCCUCUACUUCAGCUACAGAGAACUUUGGCCAUCGAGCGAAACGUGCUAGAGUAUCUGGAAAAUCACAAGAUUUAUCAGCAGCACCUGCGGAACAAUAUCUUCAAGAGAAGUUGCCUGAUGAAGUGGUUUUGAAAAUCUUCUCUUACUUGCUGGAGCAAGAUCUUUGUAGAGCAGCUUGUGUAUGUAAGCGCUUCAGUGAGCUGGCUAAUGAUCCAAUUUUGUGGAAACGACUCUACAUGGAAGUAUUUGAGUAUACACGUCCAAUGAUGCACCCUGAACCUGGUAAAUUUUAUCAGAUUAAUCCAGAAGAGUAUGAGCACCCAAAUCCCUGGAAGGAAAGCUUUCAGCAACUGUAUAAAGGAGCUCAUGUAAAGCCAGGAUUUGCCGAACAUUUCUACAGUAACCCAGCAAGAUAUAAAGGAAGAGAAAAUAUGUUGUAUUAUGAUACCAUUGAAGAUGCAUUAGGUGGGGUUCAAGAAGCUCACUUUGAUGGACUUAUCUUUGUUCACUCUGGCAUAUACACGGAUGAAUGGAUAUAUAUUGAAUCUCCAAUCACCAUGAUUGGUGCAGCACCUGGGAAAGUGGCAGAUAAAGUCAUUAUAGAAAACACAAGAGAUUCAACCUUUGUCUUCAUGGAGGGAUCUGAGGAUGCUUAUGUUGGUUAUAUGACAAUCAGGUUUAACCCUGAUGAUAAAUCUGCACAACAUCACAAUGCCCAUCACUGCUUAGAGAUUACAGUCAACUGCAGCCCAAUUAUAGACCAUUGUAUUAUUCGAAGUACUUGUACAGUUGGUUCUGCAGUCUGUGUUAGUGGCCAAGGAGCUUGUCCCACUAUCAAGCAUUGCAACAUUAGCGAUUGUGAAAAUGUUGGACUGUACAUUACAGAUCAUGCACAGGGAAUAUAUGAGGACAAUGAGAUCUCUAAUAAUGCAUUAGCUGGGAUUUGGGUUAAAAACCACGGAAACCCUAUUAUCAGACGGAAUCAUAUUCAUCACGGGCGUGAUGUUGGUGUUUUUACAUUUGACCAUGGCAUGGGUUAUUUUGAAAGCUGCAACAUACAUAGAAAUAGAAUAGCAGGCUUUGAAGUGAAAGCUUAUGCCAAUCCUACAGUAGUUCGUUGUGAAAUCCACCAUGGCCAAACCGGAGGAAUCUAUGUUCACGAAAAAGGAAGAGGACAAUUUAUAGAAAACAAGAUCUAUGCAAACAAUUUUGCAGGGGUGUGGAUUACUUCAAAUAGUGACCCAACAAUAAGGGGUAACGCAAUUUUUAAUGGGAAUCAAGGUGGAGUCUAUAUAUUUGGUGAUGGAAGAGGCCUUAUUGAAGGAAACGACAUCUAUGGAAAUGCAUUAGCAGGGAUUCAAAUUCGGACUAACAGCUGUCCUAUUGUUCGACACAACAAGAUUCAUGAUGGCCAGCAUGGUGGCAUUUAUGUGCAUGAAAAAGGCCAAGGUGUAAUUGAAGAAAAUGAAGUGUACAGUAAUACCUUGGCUGGAGUCUGGGUAACAACAGGAAGCACGCCAGUGCUGAGAAGAAAUAGAAUACAUAGUGGUAAACAGGUUGGUGUUUAUUUCUAUGACAAUGGACAUGGAGUCUUGGAGGACAAUGAUAUCUAUAACCAUAUGUACUCAGGGGUUCAAAUCAGAACUGGAAGCAACCCCAAAAUUAGGCGCAACAAAAUUUGGGGAGGCCAGAAUGGUGGAAUUCUUGUUUAUAAUUCUGGGCUUGGCUUUAUAGAAGAUAAUGAAAUUUUUGAUAAUGCAAUGGCUGGAGUAUGGAUUAAGACUGAUAGUAAUCCCACAUUAAGAAGAAACAAAAUCCAUGAUGGAAGAGAUGGGGGCAUCUGUAUAUUUAACGGGGGCAGAGGCCUCCUUGAAGAGAAUGAUAUCUUUAGGAAUGCACAAGCUGGAGUCCUUAUCAGCACGAAUAGUCAUCCUGUGUUACGAAAAAAUAGAAUAUUUGACGGAUUUGCUGCAGGUAUUGAAAUAACAAAUCAUGCAACUGCAACUUUAGAAGGCAAUCAGAUUUUCAAUAACCGGUUUGGAGGUUUAUUUCUAGCAUCUGGAGUCAAUGUGACAAUGAAAGAUAACAAAAUAAUGAACAAUCAAGAUGCCAUAGAAAAAGCUGUCAGUAGAGGCCAGUGUCUGUAUAAAAUAUCAAGUUACACCAGCUAUCCCAUGCAUGAUUUCUAUAGAUGUCACACUUGUAACACCACAGACCGCAAUGCCAUAUGCGUAAACUGUAUUAAGAAGUGCCAUCAAGGACAUGAUGUGGAAUUUAUUAGGCACGAUAGGUUUUUCUGUGACUGUGGUGCUGGAACACUGUCCAAUCCCUGUACAUUAGCUGGAGAACCCACACACGAUACAGAUACACUAUAUGACUCUGCUCCUCCUAUAGAAUCUAAUACACUGCAGCACAACUGAAUUACUUUGAGAAAGGAAAAGAGUCCUGCCAUUCUAUUGUAACUGUUAAUUUUGUUUUUGAGGAAGUUAUACUUGCCCAUUUCUGCAGAGAGAGACUUUAAAAUGGAUGUGUAAAAGUGGUGACACUAUGGAGCUCAAUCUACCAAAAAGAAAGUGGCAAUAUGUUGACUCAGGAUAACAGAACUGGGCGUUUCAGCAUUACUGUGUAAACAAAGACUAAGGGACAGACGUGAAGAAAACAAGCUGCAUCUUUGUACAGAUACCAACUUCCAAAAGGCUGGUGUUUCUACAAGUAGCAUCGAAACACAGUCCCACUUGCAGUAGUACUAUUCUGUAGACUAGCAGCAGUCUUUGUUGCUGCCUUUAUGGACAUGGGUACCAAUUGCUUUUUGUAAUAUGGUAAAAAUGUGAGCUAGCACUUCUGCAUUUAUUUUGAUUUUUUUAACAUUUAUUCAGAUUGAGAUGAUUUUAAUGCUUUAAUCUCAUGUAGUUUUUAAUUUCAAGCAAAUCUUAUUGUACUUGAAUGUGUCCUGUUUUGUUAGCACACCUAGACUUGCUGUAACUGUACUCAUGUCCCAGUAUGUACGUUCUUUCUAUGAAAGAGAACACUAAUCUUAAAUUAUAUCCAGCAAUUUUUCUGGUGUCCUUUGCAUUUAAACUAUCCCUCUUAUUCCUCCCCUACCCCCAUGAUCUUUACAUCAUUUUGAGAGACAAUGUUUUAUGAGGCUUCUUGGGAGAUAAUGCACUAUAAAACAGAGUAUGAAGAUGCCAGUUUGCAAUUGGAGGUUUUACUAUGUUUUAAAGUACACUGAAAGAAAGUCUCUACAAAAUAAUCCUGUGUUUUACUCUGUUCACAGUUUUAUUGAACAGUCUGGACAUUACUCUUAUGAAUUGCUGAAAAAUUGCAAUUUCCUCCUCUAAUGAAGAUGAGACAAAGUAUAUAGACAGCCCUAUACAGUUUCAUAGCUUUUUUCCAUUAAUGUGUAUUGGUGACAGUGGGUAAUCAACAGCCUGAAAGUGUAUGCAUGUACCAUAACAUCUAGACUUAAUAUAUUGUGGAGUAUUCAAUAACCAUUAUGUAGAGGGUAGCUAAGAAUUAAAAGGGUUUAAUUUCCUAGGAAAGACAAUGGAAAAUGGUCAUUUUUAAAAAAUAAAGUUUAUUAGAUCAUU